AUGUCAAGAUUUGAUGAUUUGAGUGACAUUGUGAAUGUUGAAGAAACAUUUGAUCUCCAUGAAGAGAAGCUAGAAAGAAGGGAUUCUAUUGUUGAAGGUGCUGUUGAUGUUGAUAAGAGUAUGUCGGUGUUUGAGAAGAAGAUGGUGGACUCACACGUCACAGAUUUUAGUGAUCGCAUAGAUAGAUUGGAUCAUACCUAUGAAACUUAUGAAGUUAAAGAGACUCUAGCUAAUAAGAUUAGUAGAAUAAGGAAAGAAUUGGAAGAAUUAGAAGAUGAAAUAGAAAAAGAGGAUUUAGUGAAUGAAAAGGAAGAAGUGGCAAAAUUACAGGAAGUUUUCCAAAAACUUAAUACUAGAACUAAAGAUAAGAAGAUAGUAAAACUAGAUGAUGCUUUGCAAAUAGAUUCAAGUGAGCCAUCAGCACCUUUACAGAUCCAACAAGCAAUUGAAGAUCCAUUCAAGAUAGAAGAAUAUGACAAGAGACUCAAUAAACUUGAAAAGGCCAUUGGUGAAGAGAGAAUGGAUAAAUCAAUUCAAACACUUAUAAAUGAUCUAUUCAGGAAAUUCAAACUUUUAUCAAAUGAUGAAGAUUCACUCGAAAAAAUCAAAGAAAUUAUAGAUCAAGUUAAUCAUAAAUUUGAAAAAUCUAUUACAACAAGAAGAUCAUUAGAUCCCUCUAUUCAACAUGUCUUGGAUGAAGAUGCUAAGAUUAAUGAAAUUUAUACCAAAUUUACACAAACUCAAGAGUUUAGUAAUGAUUUACCAUUCUUAAUCAAACGUCUCGAAUCAUUAAAUGAAUUACAUUUGAAAGUUAAUAAUUCUGUACAAACUGUUGAUUCUAUGGAGCAUGAUUUAGAUAAAUUCACCAAAGAUUUAGAAUCAUGGGAUGAAAAUUUAAUAAAAUUAGAAUCAAAAUUGGAUACAUUAAAUGAAUCAUUUGAACUAACGAAAACAAAACAUAAUCUAUAA